AUGACGUUGGUCCAGCACGUGCAUCGCGUCGCCCCCCGCGCAUCGCGUGCGCUGUCCCGCGCCGCUCGCUCGACCGCUGCCGCGGAGCCAAAGUAUUACAUUCUGCAGUACGCGUACGUGGACGACAUGGCGGACCGUCGAGGACCGUUUCGCGCCGAGCACUUGGAACGUGCGGGCAAAGCCAAACAGGACGGCCACGUCGUGAUGGGCGGCGCGCUCGUGAAGCCUCUGGACGCUGGCGUCUUUGUCUUUAACGUGGCGGACACGGCCGUUAUUGACGCGUUUGUGGCGAACGACCCGUACGUUGUGAACAAACUGGUCACGUCGCACUCGAUUCGAGAGUGGAUGGUCGUUGUCUAG